CGCGUCCGUCCGCCCACCUCCCGCUCAGGCCCCGCCCCUCGGCGGGCAGGCGGCCCCGGGAGCGGCCCCGGGAGCGGCCCCGGGAGCGGCUCCACGAUGGGUGGGUGGCGGGACAUGUCCGCGGAGGCGCUGGAGGACCAUUACUCUCCCAGUCGCUGGUCCCCCCGCCUGGAGCGGGACACCAUCAUUGACGCCCACCUCGCGGUGACGGCGGCAGGAACCGAACGGGCCCGGGCCAGCACGCGGACCUUGCUGCACGUGCCCUAUGGCAUCGGGGACGGGGAGAAGCUGGACAUCUAUUUACCCACGGCCCCUUCUGAAACCCCUCCGCUGGUGUCGCAGGGCGUGGCAGUGGUGGCGGUGGGGUACGACAUAGCCCCUAAAGGUAGGUGCUGCCCUGCAGAGGCUGCAGCUGCCUGCGCAGCCCAGCGCCCUCCAACCCUGCCCUUUGUCCUCUGCCCAGGCCACAUGGACACGAUGGUGCUGCAGGUGCGCCGCAGCCUCGUCUUCCUGGUGGAGCGGUACCCCAGGAACAGAGGCAUUUACUUGUGCGGACACUCGGCAGGGGCCCACCUGGCAGCCAUGGUGCUGUCCACAGACUGGACGGAAUUCCAAGUGGUGCCAGAUAUCAAAGGAGCGGUGCUGGUGAGCGGCCUGUAUGACCUGGAGCCCAUCCUGCACACCUAUGUGAACGACGCUCUGAACAUGAGCCGGGAGGUGGCCCAGAGGAACAGCCCCAUGAGACAUGUCACCCCAGCAGCGCCAGCAGCCUGUGAGAUGCUUGUGGCUGUGGCCCAGCAUGACUCCCCAGAGUUUCGCAGGCAGUCACAGGAGUACAGCCAGGCCCUGCGCGAAGCCGGCUGGUCUGUCUCGCUGCUGGAUCUGGCUGGUGUGGAUCACUUUGACAUCAUUGAGAAGUUGUCAGAGGACAGCUACGUCCUCACUCAGGUGAUUCUGAACAUGAUUUCAAGAGCAUGAUGGCACCUCGGGAGUAAACACAUGGAGAUGGUGCCCCUGUGUGGUGGCAAGGGGCAUCUGGUGUUCCCCUGCCUGCUGCCUCCUCCAUCUAACAGGGCCGCCACUGUCUGAGACCUGCACUGUGCCCUCUCCAUUCUGCCCAGCCUAGGCUGGUGCCCCUUCCCUGUGGUGCUCUUGCUCACUGGAGCGCAGGGGACUGAGGGCUGCAAGGCUCUGUCUGGGCAGCUAGGUCAUGAAGUUUGCUCCCCCAGUGCCCUUUAAACUGCACACUGGCAAUACAGAAUAAAAUGGGAAUUACUGUUGCCUGGGGUAGUGCUUCCCAGGGACCCAGUGAGUGCACACCCAAAGCAACUGCUGCUGAGAGAA